AUGAUCCUCAGCACGAACGUGACGUGCCACAUGUGGGACGAGCAAGGGUUCGUGUUCUGCUCCAACUACGACGGACCCAAGGCGCGGCAGCUCGAGGAGAACCCCAAGGCCGCCGUCCUCUUCCGCUGGCCCGAGACCUUGCGCCAAGUCCGUAUCACCGGCGUCGUGCACAAGGUGACGAAACGCGAGACGGAAAUGCUCUUUAGGCUCUGCUCGCGAGUGGAGCAGAUCUGUUUCUACGCCCUGAGCCAGGGCCAGGACCACCCCUUCAAUCAAAGCAACGACGAGCCCUCCCACCAGGAGCGAGCAGAGUACCUGCAGGGAAUGAUGGACCGCUACAUGCUCUCGCCGCGGGAUGUGCCGCUGCCUGCCGCGUGGGGCGGGUUUCGACUGGUGCCGGACACGAUCGAGUUCCUGGACACCCGGGCCGGCUGGACGCAGCGCACGCUGUACCACCGCACGCUCGGCGUAGCGACCACGCCCAGCGGUGGCGACCAGGGCGCCGCCGCCACCGACGUACCGGUGGGCGAGUGGCAACGAAAGUACCUGCUACUUGAGGAAGGCCUUGUGGAGGUCGUGGUGCUGGAGAUGUUUGAGGCGGCGAAGAGGUGGCUCGAAGAGAAGCACAAUUUCACUGUCGUUGUCGGCUGGAUCUCGCCCUCGCACGACCACUACGUCACCGGCAAGAUGGUGAACGUGCGGUCGUACCCGAUCAGCGGACACCACCGGGUGGAGAUGUGCCGCGUCAUGGCCGACAAGUCGGACUGGAUCGAAGUCUCAUCCUACGAAGCCCGGGCCAUGGGCUUCAUCAAUUUCCCCUCUGUGGCGCGAUACCACGCCGAGUAUGUGGCGGAGCACGUGCAGGAGAAGGUGAGGGUCAUGUACCUGGGCGGGGCAGACCUGAUUGAGAAGUGCGGCCUCCUCUUUGGCAUCUCUGCGGGGAGCAAGACGAUACCAGUGGUGGCGGUGGGUCGGCCGGGCUACACGACGCCGCUGAAGGAGAUGGUGGCGGCUUCGGUGCGACGGCGCGCCAAGCAGGGCAUGACCCAGGACAUCUCGCACCUGCUCUACAUCGUGCUCACCGAGACGCUCAACUUCUCUUCGACCAAGGUGCGGGAGCUGCUGGAGCGCGGCGAGUCGGUGGCGGAGCUGUGCGGCGAGGAGGUCGAGGCCUACCUCCAGCACCACGACCUCCACAAGGCCUUCCUCAAGUGA